AUGCCAAAUUCUAUCGAUAAAGAGACAGGUCCUGGUGCUGCUCGGACUGAGCACCUUGAAACCAUUAGGACCGUAUCCAGAGUUCCAGGGAACACCCAUUACUACGAAAAGGAUGGAUUGAGAACAUAUGGUGACGAUGAGGACCACGACCAUGAGCCACCAAUGACUAUGCACCGCCUAAUGUCCUUGAUUGCAAUGGCUUUCCUCUGGACCGGCUCACAAAUUCCAGUCUAUCUUUUUGGAGGCAUUCCACCAUACAUUUACCGAGACAUCGGGGGCACGGACAGAUGGGUCUGGUUCGUGUUGGGAAAUCUGCUUGCCCUGGCUGCAGUCUGCCCAUUUGUUGGCGCUUUGUCUGACUUGAUGGGUCGUCGAUACGUUGCUAUGACGGGAGCAAGCUUUAUCGUCAUUGGCAUGAUCGUGUGCUCCACAGCCCACACUAUGAACACAUUCAUCGCUGGAAUGGCCAUUGCCGGCGCUGGCGCUGGUAUCAACGAGUUGACCGCACUUGCUGCAACAUCAGAGUUAGCACCCACCGCCAAGCGAGGAAAAUACGUUGCAGUCUUGAUCUUUACCAUCAUUCCUUUCUGCCCUUCUGUCCUCUGGGGACAGUUGAUCGCCUAUCACUCUACCUGGCGAUAUGUCGGACUAUUCUGCGCUCUGUGGGCCUUCAUCGGUCUCGUCAUGACUGCCAUCUUCUACUUUCCACCGCCCCGUGUCAAUUCCACAGGCCUUUCUCGACGUGAGAUCAUCAGCCAGAUCGACUUCGUAGGGGGUUUCCUCUCAAUCGUUGGCAUCAUCCUCUUCAUCGCUGGUCUUCUUUGGGGAGGUUACCAAUACAAAUGGCACUCGGCACAUGUUCUCGUUCCUUUGAUCCUAGGAGCCGUAUUCCUCAUCGCCUUUGGAUUCUGGGAGGUUUAUGGAGCCAAAUACCCUAUGUUCCCGUCUCGUCUGAAGAAGGAUCCUCGAAUCCUCGCUCUCACACUCGUCAUCACUUUCAUCUCAGGCGCAAAUUUCUUCUCUGUCCUGCUCUUCUGGCCUACUCAAGCAUUCAAUGUCUACGGCCAUGACCCUGUUGGUGUCGGAAUCCGUGGUAUGCCCAUCGGCUUUUCUAUCCUGGUCGGAGCAUGUAUCGUCCUCUGGCUUUUGUCUGUCUUCCGCGGUGGUAAUAGAUGGUUGAUGAUUAUCUCCUCUUGCAUGAUGACCGCUGGAUGUGGCGCUCUCGCUGCUGCUCGUCUCGAUAACCUCAAAGCCGUCUACGGUAUCUUGGUCGUCGCUGGUCUCGGAAUUGGUGGAAUCGUCGUCCCAGCUUCCAUCAUAACAACAAUUAUCUGUCCUGACGAUUUGAUCGCCACCGUUGCCGCGCUCACACUUGCUAUCCGCGUCGUUGGUGGCGCGAUUGGUUACACAACUUACUAUAACGUAUUCCUCAAUAAGUUCGUUCCCAAACUCUCUCUCAACCUCUACCUUGCAGCUGUUGAACACGGUAUCUACGACAUAGCCACGGUGACGGAAAUCGGAGAACUCACUGGUGCGAGUUUAUUGAACGAGAUUUUGCUUUUGCCCGGUGUGGACGGCAAUGUUACGAUUUGGAACGCUCUUGUAAUUGCAGGCCAGGAAAGUUACGCAUACGCUUAUCCAUAUGUUUACUAUACUAGUAUUGCUUUUGGGGCAGUGGCUAUCAUUGCUAGUGUUUUCUUGGGGGACAUUAGCAAGUAUAUGGAUGAUCAUGUUGCUGUGGUUAUGCAUUGA